UAUACAAAAUGGCAUUCCUUAUGUUAUACCCAGCCAUAGCUAUCCUCUCUCUAUUCGUGCUGAUGGUGAUCAUUCUGAUAUUGCGAUUUGGUGCACGUUGGUGUAAGCUGAGGCACACAACAUUCGCAGAUCAGGAUUUGUGGAAUGAGACAGAGGCUUAUGAGCAAAAAGUCUCUUAUGCGUAAAAUGUAUACUCAGCUUAAAAUCAAUAUACUAAAAAUAAUAAAAGAGUGGGAGAUGAGUUACUUUUAUAGCAAUUUCUCUUUUAUAGCAAACAAUUUUAGUAAUAUACAUUAUGGUAAGCACUUAGCAAGUAACAUAAUCUUAAAUGGAAAUUAUUCAGCCAUGUCUGCUGCCAUGGACUUAAGUAAAUACAUGCCCACAUAAAUUUCAAGCUUUCAGCUGGAUAGCUGGACAGCUAUGUAGCAAAUUAAAUCUACAAUCUGAAGACUCCGAUAAGAUAGUAUAGAUUUCAGGCAAUACUAAAUACAAGCGCAUUUUUUGAAUCACAAAUUAUCACAAGCGUUGAUUAAUAUGUUACUAUCGGUCACAGGGGAAUAGGGAUUAACAUUCAUCGUCAUCAUCAUCAGCCUAUCUCAGUCCACUGCUGGACUAAGGCCUCUUCAUUUGCACACCAUCUCAGUCUAUUGCUGGUUAGCUGCAUCCUAAACAUGGAUGAACAUGAUUAGACAAAAAUUAUGUACACUUAAGAUAUAUUAUAUCCUGCUUCCACUUUUUACAAGUAAAGUGUGUUUGAACCACUUCUGUUAUGCGGUUUAUAUUUGUAGUUGUUUACAUUAAAACUAACAUCUUUAGUUCUACAACUUUAUUUUCAACUUGAGGUUGUGAAAUAAUCAAAAUUAAAAAUUUUACUAUUUGGGACAUCUAUUUUGUUUAACAGUGUAAUGUCACAUUACAGAAUAUAUGAAUAUAUGAUUAAUUCUUUUUUUGUAUGAAAUUAUUACUUAAUUUUAUAAAGUCGUAGAACAAAAGUUGUUAGAAUAGGAAUACAACGCGUUCUGGUAUUUUUUAAUUAAACCUGUAUAAUACAAAAACUAUAGCAUCUAAGCAUAGAUUUGAUCAUGGAGUCAUAUUAUGGUAAUCUUAUAUAUAGAAUAAUUGAUAUCUUAUAUAUAGAAAUUUUAAUUACAAGACACUAAAAAUGUUGUGUACGCGUCACCUUAUCGCCCCGAACAAGACUCGGAGCACACGAAUUUUAACAAAACUUUAUGUUACAGCUAGCGACUUUAAUGUAAUUUUAAACUAUAUUGCCUCUUACACUCUAAUGCGGGCCACAGACCUCCCAAGUAAUAUGAUCGAAUAGGCUUGUUGUAAACAACUGUUCGAUCAAAUUAUUUGAAGGAAGGAAGGAAGGAAAAGAAAUGUAUGACAACAGCGCGUUCGAGAACCCGUAGUGGUGCUUGGAGCGGUCGUUCGUUAUUUUUUAUACUUAAAAUGCUAAACGUUAUUUCUAGUGUCUUUUUAUUAAGAUAUAUGGAUUGAAGUUCAAACUUUUUGGGUCUACCACAAAGUUACGAUAUCAAUUUAGAAAUACAAUGUCACAAAGUACAGUAUGUACUAUUAUUAAUAUAAUAUAAUAGACUAAGCGGUUUUCGCUGAUGCGUCCUAUACACACCAUGUGCUUUUACCACAUCUUGUGCUUUUUGUCUUUUUGAUGUUUGUCUAUUCUUGAACUGAUUCAGUGAUACUGCAUGCAAGUGUAUAUGUAGCCAAAGUUAUAUUGACACAGAUAACUGUUAUAGUGGUCGCCUAGUGAACGAAAUUUAAAUAUAAUUAAUUAAAAUUAUAAGAUUGAACAUUAUUCAGUCUACCACAGUAGACCACAGACAUUGGCUAAUCUGUGUAAAGCUAAAAAAAAAUUUAAUUCAAUUUUUUCUUAUAAAUCCAACUAAAUUAAAAAUUUCAUUUUAUUCCA